AUGGCUUCCGAUAAACAGUUCUUACCGGAGCAUCCUACAUCUUAUCUUCCUGUCGAGAAUCCCACUCCAUCUUUCUGGCACGAGAAUCUUCAUAAACUCCACGAUGCGCGCUCGACACCAGACUUACCGCCUACCAGCGAUGUUGUGAUCAUCGGCGCAGGUUAUGCGGGUAUUGCUGCAGCAUAUCAUCUGAAGAAGGGCGAGCGUCCGAACAAUCUCUCUGUCACGAUUCUGGAGGCGCGGGGUAUAUGCUCAGGAGCAACAGGCCGGAAUGGCGGACACUUACGUCCAGAUAUGUACGGACAUAUACCGAAGUACAUUGAAAGAGCAGGAGUGAAAGCCGGAAUGGAGAUCGCUGAAUUCGAGAUCGCCCAUUUAGAGGCCAUCAAGAAAUUAAUUGAGAAGGAGAACAUUGACUGCGACUUCACGCUGACAAGAACUGUGGAUGUUUGGAUCAACAAGAGUGCGGCUGUGAAAGCAAGACAGGUGUAUGAUCUCAUGUCCUCGAAGAACUUGGCGUAUAUGGAUGACGUCUUCUUCUCGAGAAGUGAGGAUGCUGAGAACAUUUCCGGCAUCAAAGGAGCUCAGGCGUGCGCUACAUACACAGCUGGCACUCUUUCUCCAUACAAGCUCAUCUUACGACUUGCCGAGAUUCUGAUCGAGCAAAAGUUGGUCAACAUUCAGACAAAUACACCAGUCGUAAGUGUAUCGCCGGAUCCGAGAGGCGGCUUCAUUAUCACGACUCAGCGAGGAACGACUCUUGCGAAAAAGGUCAUCUACGCCAACAAUGCGCAUGUUGCUGGACUUCUACCAGAGUACCGGAAUGCAAUUGUGCCUUGCAAAGGAAUCUGCUCGCAUAUCACCGUUCCUGCUGAAACUCGUGCACCACAUCUCACCAAUUCUUAUAUCAUUCGCGAAGAUGAUGGUACACUUGCUUAUCUCUCACCAAAGAUCGACGGAAGCAUCGUUGUCGGAGGUGCUGCUUCCAAGUUCAAGCCUUUCCCUGAGGAAUGGUACAACAACGUCGACGACAGUACAUUGAUCGACCCUGGCAAAGACCACUUCGACACGUACAUGCAGCGAUUCUUCCACGGAUGGGAGAACACAAGUGCGAGAGUUGACAAGAUCUGGUCCGGUGUGAUGGGCUACAGCUUCGAUUCUAAUCCACAUAUUGGUGUGCUCCCGAGGAAAGAAAAGUCGAAGAGUAGGAAGUGGUGGUGGCCUUGGGGAGCUUCAGAGAAGGAAGACCAAUUUGUUCUUGCGGGGUUCAAUGGUCAUGGUAUGCCAGUUAUCUGGCUUGCUGCGAAGGGCGUUGCGAAGAUGGUUACUGAGGGGGUGGAAUUUGAAAAGACGGGUAUGCCUAGGUUGUUUAAGACCACGAGAGAGAGAAUUGAGAAGUCGUUGGGUAGUCACGAUGGGGGAGAUAUUAUGGCUUAG